AUGUUAGUCAAUUCAGGAAAUUUAAUUAUCAAUAUAAAAAAUGAUAUUUAUAGAGAUAUCAAAGAAUAAGUCUUAUAGGGUAAGGUAGUUGUGGUAAAGUAUACAAAGUGAAAAAUUAGGCAAAUGAAUUAAGAGCAUUAAAAAUAAUAGCAAAAAAAGACUUUACAGAUCAGAAUGAAAUUGAGAAUAUGAAGAAACUUGAUCAUCCAAAUAUUAUGGCUGUUUAUGAAAUAGCUUUAGAUGAUGAUUUCUAUUAUAUAGUAAGUCAGCUAUGUGAAGGUGUAGAAUUAUUUGAUGAAAUCCACAAAAGAAUAAAAUAAAGCUAUAUAUUUUCUGAAGAAGAAGUCAGAUAGAUAUUCAAAUAGAUCUUAAAUGCUAUUGUAUAUGCUCAUGAAAAGAAUAUUAUACAUCGUGAUAUUAAACCUGAAAAUAUCCUAAUUGAUCCUUCAGAUUAACAUAUAAAAAUUAUAGAUGGGGACUUAGUAAAGAUAUGACAAAUGUUGUUUUUGUUAAAUAGAAAAUUGGAACAAUUGAUUAUGCAGCUCCAGAAGUUCUUUUAGAAAAAGGAUAUGAUAAGAAAUGUGAUUUAGAGUCUUGUGGUGUUAUUUUAUAUAUUCUUUUAUCUAGAGAAGUUCCAUUUCCAGGAGAUAAUACAGGAGAAAUAGAAAAGAAUAUCGUAUCAUCAAAAAUUACAUUGAAACAGAAAGUUUCGAAGACAAUUUCAAAUGAUGCCAAGAAUCUACUAAAAAACUUAUUAGAAUCUAAUCCCAUUAAAAGAUAUAGUGCUUAAUAAGUUUUAGAAAAUGAAUGGAUAUAAAAUUAAAGUAAAUCAGUAACGNUACCUUCAGUAAGUCUCCUCUUCAAAUUCCCUUAAAAACCUGAUAUAAUCUAUUAACUGCUUAAAUGUGGGCUAAGAAUUCAUUCUUAAUCUAUAUCCUUAAGAUACUCCUUUAACUAAACUAUUUUGCAUGGAUUAUUAUCCUGCAAUAUCGAUGAUUCAUAGAGUAGAGAUAAUCUAUGA